UGGGCUCACACUGAGCUGUUGUGUCUCUCUCUGUCUCAGUCCUGUCACUCAGCCUGCUGCUUCUCCUCCAUCAGACACGCCGAAGUGAGCAGAAACACCUCCGAACCAGCAUGAACCUCUUCUGCUUCUCACUGGAGGGGUCUAUGGACAGCCUGUAUGAGGUGGUGCAGAGCUCCAGCGACGCUCCACCUCAGCCCAUCCCCAGCCGCUCCUCCAGCCGCUCGUGCAGUCGCACCUGCAGCCGCUCCUGCAGCCCAGCGGUGCUGCUGGAGGACAACGCCAAGUGGCAGAGCUCUGGAAGAUCCGUAUCUAUGGAAAUGCCUCAGGUGCAGGGGUCCAACUGCAAUAAAAAGAAAAGAAGAACUCAUCAUGUGUCCAAGUCUGCAUCAGAUAAUGAAGCAUUAGAUAACCCCGGCUGUAAUGCCACGGUCUGGCAGCCCGCCAGGAGCCGAGAAGAUUUAGUCCACAUCACCAACAAUCACAAUGAAGAAGUACGGAGAACGAAGCACAGAACUGAAACCAGAGGAGGGAAAGGAGCUCAUCAUUCAGGCACAAAGAAAAAGGAGAAAUCGCCUUCAAACCAGAGUCUCCACGCUAAUGGAGUGUCUACAGAGUCAAAAUCUGCCGGCAAAAGAAACCAGAAGCCCGGGAAGAAACAAGCGGGAAAGAAUGUGAAAGACAGCUCAAAGAAAUGCCACAACCCCACAGGCACAAUGAGCCCGCCGCUGGCCCCGCACUACCUGGAUGUGCCGUACAGGUCAGACAGGAGGCCCUACAUGGGCAAAUCCUCCACCCUGCCUGCUCAGGAGAACGCAACCCCGGGUCGGUGCUCUGAACUGAUCAACCUGCCUGGUGGAGCAACGCCCACCCACCAGCAGCGCUGGAGCAACCCGGGGGACGGCAACUCGGCGUGGGGCGCCGUCCAGCACACGUGUCGUCGGCCGCUCACUGAGUAUCGCGUGUACUCGCAUGACUUCGCCUCGCCUCACGGGAAGGAGUGGGAGGGAAGACAGCAGCAGACGGCGGCACAGGAGGGCAGCCUGAAGCAGGACUGUAAACCCCAGAUUCUACCAAAGGUGCCCCGAUCGAUCACUGACGUGGAUCUAUCAGAGCAAAACCGCUCUACCAGCUUUGGCAGGUUCGAUGGUCUUAGAAGUAACUCACCACAGGCGAGACCAGAGGAAAAUGGGAUGAAUAUGCUGACAGAGGACUGUGACAGUUCAGACCCAAACAAAUCAGCUGGACUUGGGAAGAAGAUGAAGGCCAUCUCCCUGACCAUGAGACGGAAAAUGGGCAAAAAACAUGCCAAGUCUUUCUCAGAGGAGACAGGUGAUGACGUGGACAAAGACCCAGAGGCAGAGACAGACAGUGUCCCUUCAGCUGAGAAAAACCACGCAAAGGCAAGCAACUCCUUAGAGAGUCUCUACAGUGGCCAGAGCUCCUCCAGUGGCGUCACCAGCGAGUCUAACGGUUCAGGCCAGAGAGACAGUCUGAGGCUGGAGGAGGAUGGCUCCUACCACGGCCAGUUCUGCGGGAGAGCUCGGGUCCACACAGAUUUUGUUCCUAGCCCGUAUGACACAGAUUCUCUUAAACUCAAGGUUGGUGACAUUAUCAACAUCAUCAGUAAGCCUCCGAUGGGCAUCUGGACGGGUAUGCUGAACAACAAAGUGGGCAACUUCAAGUUCAUCUACGUAGACAUUCUGGUGGAGAAGGAGGAAGUGGAAGAGGAACCAAAGAUCAGACAACAAAAGCUGUGCAGAAGACCCCGACCGAAAACACUGCUGGAGUUACUGGAGAGACUGAACCUGGAGGAGUACGCAUCUGCUCUGCUGCUGAACGGAUAUCAGACGGUGGAGGACCUGAUGCACCUGCAGGAGAAACACCUGAUUGAGCUGAAUGUGAAGGAUCCCGAACACAGACGCAGGCUGCUCGCUGCUGCUGAGUGCCGCUACACCGAAGGUGAUGAUAUCAGGGACAUAGAGGAGCACAGUUCUUCCCACAGCCCGCAGGAAGAAGACAGUGACUGUCCCAGAGACUCGGGCUGCUUCAUCCCGUCUGAAUGCACGGACAGCAAAGAGGACACCGAACAGGUCGCACAUGCAGUGGAUUCCUAAAGUGCUCGGCUGUCACCUGGAUACUUUGACAUUUGGAAAUAAAUGUUGUAUGUUUUCAUAUGAUGUUGAUGAAGAUGUUUGAAAAGCCCAUCCUGUGAUUGUAUCAAGAUGUCAUGUUUAUCUCUUUUAUUCCAGUCACACGUUUGCCUAAUGUAGAAACUGAGAGAGAAAUGAACAAUUACAUUCUAAAUGUCAUCUUAUCCUUAUGUCAAUUUAUCAAUGCACCAGCCGUCAGUUUUAAUUUGUACGAGAUGUUUUAUUUUUUGUCUCUGAGGAAAGAACGUUUCAUCAAUGUGUCAGUUGUAUUUAUUGUAUGGCAAAUGAUUUUUGUAUGUAAAGAUGUUAUUUAUCAGAGCUGUCUUUUUGAGCUUUCUCUUGUUUCCAGUGUUGUUUUUCCCAGAAUAAAGUGAAUUCAUGAAUUUGAAAGAGUACAAACAAAACUGUAGAGUGCACCAAUCAGCGUGUGCAACUUGUUGUUUGUGAAUGAGAAAGAGAUGGCAGUGUGUGUACUUAUGUGAAGGUCAGUGUCUGACUGGUUUCACUUGAAACUUUUUGUAAAUAAAAUUAAAGAAGA